AAAAUUUACAGCAUUUUUAUAACUUUAUUUGAACAAAAUGCUACGCGUGUUCAUUGGUAUUUUAUUUUUAGGUCAUUUUCUAACCAAAAUCGAGGCACACAGUGAGACUAUUAAGAAUGAAGAAGAAUGUAAGAUCGCGGACCUGUGUGUACACGACAAGGUGCCGAUGUGCGGUAUCGACUCCUGCGGCGAGAUGAGGACCUUUAUAGACACGUGCGACAUGCACGAGUUCAACUGUGACUCCAAGAAAGAUUUCAAGCACCGGCCGAUCCACGAAUGCUGGGUGACCUGCAAGAGGGGACGAUCCUAUAAGAAACCAGAGUUCAGGGCCGACUGCAACCUCAAUAUACGACCCAAUACACAUAAUUAAAUUGUAUAACAU